GCUAGCUAGGCAUAUGAUUCAACAAUGGUGAUACUUCUCUUCUUGUGUUUAACAACAGUGUUUCAUGCAAAAGUAGUAAAUGCACAAGUUCUUGGAGACACUCUGCAACAAGGUGAGUUGAUGAAUGCAACCAACUCUCUCAUGUCAUCUCAGAAAAAGUUCUCCAUGGGAUUCUUUGAUGGUCACUGGGGACGUUACUUAGGUAUCUUUUACAACGACAUUCAGUUCGAUCCGAAGCCACUAUGGGUUGGUAAUAGAAACGCACCAGUAAAUUUAACCUCAGUGCUCUCGGUAGAAUCAGGAUCAGGCUAUCUUAUGCUCAGCACUGACUCUUCUGUCAAUGUGGUUUUAUAUAACAGUUCAACGGGUUUUAAUAGAACCGUGACGCUGUUGGAUACGGGGAAUCUUGUACUAAUAGAAGGGGGUGUGACAUUAUGGCAGAGUUUUGAUUAUCCGAGUGAUACACUUUUACCAGGAAUGAAACUUGGAGUUAAUCAUAAGACUGGCAGCGUCUGGUCGAUGACAUCUUGGUUGAAUGAGAAUGAUCCGUCAGUUGGAGCUUUUACUCUUGAUUGGGAUCCCAAGGGAAGCGGCUUGGUUGUCAGAUUUAGAGGAGAAGUUCACUGGACUAGUGGAAAGUUGAGGAACAAUGCCUUUGAAAACAUUGUACAUGAUGUCAACUACAAGUACAUGAAUCAUUCAGAUGCUGAAACUGAGGACUACUUUUCUUAUACAGUCGUCCAUGAAGAUGCACAUUUAUCUAUGCCUGAUUCACCGGGAUGGAAAUUGACACAUGAUGGAAAUAUAUAUGAGCAUGGUAAUGUAGAAAGAGUGAUUGCAGCAGUUGAUGAUUGCUAUGGAUACUACAGAAAAGGAUCAAAAAGUAGUCCUGUCAAUAAUACUGCUGGAUGUGAAUUGUUCGAGCAGCCUAAGUGCAGAAAUGUCAUGCUGAAGUUUGAAGCCCAAACAGGGUUUUUUAGUAAUAGUACUGACAUCAAAUAUUCUACUGAUGAUCAUAUAACUGGUUACAGUGAUUGCAAAUCAAAGUGUUGGGAAGAUUGUGAUUGUAUCGGCUUUAUGACUAAUGAGGAAACUGAAUGCAUAUUCUAUAGAGGAACUACUAAUACAAAGUUCCACAACGAAGACAAUUCUAACAGAAUAUACAUUCUCACAACCGACUCUGCCAACCCUUCUCACAACAAACGGAGAAGAGAUAUACUGAUAGUCGUCUUUAUAUUGGCAUUCUACGUCGUUUUAGUGCUUUUGGGAAUUUUACAUGGUGACCAAGGGAAAAAUAUAAACGAAGACAAGGAUGAUGAUCAAAUUCAAGAACUCUUGGAACUGGAUGGAUACUCAGUUGCAAAUAUUGAACUUGAAAGACACGGCAUUAAUGAUAUCAAAUUCUUUAGCUUCAUAAGCAUUGCCGCUGCUACAAGAAAUUUUUCUUCAGACAAUAAGCUAGGAGAAGGCGGAUUUGGACCUGUUUAUAAGGGAAAAUUUCAAGGGAAGGAAAUAGCAGUAAAGAAACUUUCAAGAAAGUCUAAACAAGGAAUCAGUGAGUUGAAAAAUGAGCUCAUCCUUGUGGCCAAGCUCCAACACACGAAUUUAGUCAGAAUUCUUGGCUGUUGCAUCCAUAGAGAAGAGAAGAUGUUAAUUUAUGAUUACAUGCCUAACAAAAGUUUGGAUCUUUUUUUAUUUGAUGAAAGCAAGAGGGCUGAGUUAACAUGGGAGAGACGUUUGAGCAUCAUACAGGGAAUUGCUCAAGGACUUCUGUACCUUCACAAAUACUCAAGAGUGAGAAUAAUUCACAGGGACCUGAAAGCUGCUAACAUUUUGCUCGAUCAGAACAUGAAUCCCAAGAUUUCUGAUUUCGGCUUGGCUAAAAUUUUCAUGCAUAAUUUAUCAGAAGAAAAUACAAGCAGAGUUGUUGGCACGCAUGGUUACAUGGCCCCUGAGUAUGCAAUGGAGGGAAUAUUCUCUGUCAAAUCAGACGUGUACAGUUUUGGAGUUCUGAUUCUUGAAAUCCUGAGUGGUCGAAAGAAUAAAAGCUGUUAUAAUGUUGAAGUACCAUACAACCUAGUGGCAUUAGUGUGGGAGUUAUGGAACAGGAAUGCUGCUCUUGAGCUUAUUGAUCCUUCAUUAACUGAUUCAUGUAUCCAACACCAAUUUCUGAGGUGUGUUCAAGUUGGCCUAUUAUGCGUUGAGAAUUGUCCUCUUGAUCGGCCUACAAUGGAUGAUGUUAUUUCUAUGUUAGCUAAUGAUAUCUCCGCAGAUCUACCUUUGCCUAAGAGACCAGCAAAUUAUUAUGGAAGCAUGUCAUCUAGUCAUGAAGCAAAGCAGAACAACUCGUCACAAAAUCUUUCGGCAAAUGGUUUAUCAAUUACUACAAUGGAAGCCAGAUAGGAAGCACUGUUUCUAUUAAAUUCUGCAGAAGUUGUUCUGGACAGAUAAUA